AUGGAGCUAGCCUACAGAAUAGCCUGUCUUUUGCUCCUUCUUACUCACUGCCUAACAACAGACUGGCAGUUUGCUUAUGAUUUUAUGCUGACUGCUGGACCUUUAACAGAUGAUUUUGCAGCAAGUGAAAAUGGAGAUACAGAACAGAAUUACAUUGCUUUAGUUCAUGCACUAGAAGAAGAUGCCUGUCUUGAGUCUUUCCCAAAUUACCUUAAAGAAUAUUUCUUAAACCUUCAUGCAGUAGGUGUUACCCAUUACAAGAUCGUUCUGUCAUGGGCAAAAAUUUUACCUAACGGUGAUUUUACAAAACCAAACCAGAAGACUGUGACAUGCUACCACAAUCUCCUUGAUAAUAUUUUGUCUGCAGAACUGAAACCUGUGAUGGUGCUACACAACAAAGGCUUACCACAGAUCCUGACUGAACAGUAUGGAGGUUGGGAGAACUCUUUGUUUUCUGGCCUCUUCACAGAAUAUGCAGAAUUUGUCUUUGAGGCAUUUGGUAAGAAGGUUGAUACAUGGGUUACCUUUAGUGACCCCAUUGCAGCAGUAUCUGAAGUGCAACACCAGGAGAGUAAAAACAAUGACUUAACAGCCUUCAGAACGCUAAGCAUUGCUCAUGAAAAAACGUAUGAAUUAUUCCAUGAAAGGUUUUCCUCAAAUGGUGGGAAAUUAUCUAUCACACUCAGAAGAAGUGAUAUUGCCGGAGAAGAUGUUGCAUCUCAGUUACUCCAAGACAUUAUUACCAAGGGACUGGCAGAUUUUCUUGCUGUAAACGUGGACUAUGACUGCAAAACUGCAAUUCACCUGAAUGCUGUUGAACAACUGCAGAUCAGAAACUGGAACCUGAAAGUUUUUAUCUUCAGAUUAAGACUUCAUGGAUGCCUUUUGAUAGAGGAAAAUGAAUACAAAACACUUUUUAAUUUAAUUGAAGCCAUAAAUAAAGACAAUGUACUGACAAUAGGCUGUGAUUUCAGUCAGAUUCUGGACAUGUUACCUGCUGACAAGAAAGUAAACAAAAACAGUCUCCUCUUUCAGUCACACCAACUAAAAACACAAAACCCUAAUGAUAAGCAAGAACGACAGAGACUCCAUGGUGCACAAUUUUCAUCUUAUCAAACAGUUUGGGAUAAAUUUUCUAACCAAACAGACUUAGAGAGAGACACCUUCCUAUCUGACAGUUUUCCUGAAGAUUUUCUCUGGGGAGUAGCCUCCGCUUCAUUUAAAACUGAAGGAGGAUGGGAAGAACAUGGAAAGGGAGAAAGCAUCUGGGAUAAAUUUGGCCAUGAGAACCAGGUCUAUAAUAACCAGACUGCCGAUGUUGCUUGUGACAGCUACAAUAAAAUAGAUUAUGAUGCCUACCUCUUGAGAGGAUUACAGACUAAAAUAUAUAAGUUCUCACUAUCAUGGCCAAGACUGUUCCCCACUGGUUACAGAAACAGUCUGAAUAAGCAUGGAGUUGAUUAUUACAAUAAGCUUAUAAGCAAUGUAUUAGCAUCUGGUGUACAACCAAUGGUGACCUUGUAUCACUGGGACCUUCCACAAGCUCUUCAAGAAACUGGUGGAUGGCAGAAUGAGAAAAUUGUGGAUGCUUUUGCAGAUUAUGCGGACUUCUGUUUUUCUACAUUUGGAGACCGUGUGAAGUUUUGGAUCACCUUCCAUGAGCCUUGGGUGGUCAGCUAUGCAGGUUAUGGUACUGGCGAGCAUCCUCCUGGUAUCACAAAGCCAGGAGUUGCAUCAUUUCAGGUGGCACACCUAAUUCUCAAGUCCCAUGCCAAGACCUGGCAUGUCUACAAUGACAAGUACCGCCGUCAGCAGCAAGGACAGGUUGGAAUAGUCCUAAAUUCAGACUGGGCUGAACCAGUGUCUCCUAACAAUCCUGAGGAUGUGAAAGCAGCUGAGCGUUAUAUGCAGUUUAUGCUGGGCUGGUUUGCACACCCCAUUUUCAUUAAUGGAGAUUAUCCAGAGAUCUUGAAAACACAAAUUAAGAAGAAAAACCAGGAGUGCGGUAUCACAGUUGCUGAACUUCCAGAAUUCACAGAAGAAGAAAAGGGGAAGAUAAAAAAGACAGCAGACUUCUUUGCUCUCAGUCAUUAUACAUCCCGUCUCAUUAGUGCCCCAGCGAAUCAGUCAUGCACUUCAGAUUAUGAUGCCAUUGGUGACUUCACUCAGAAUGUCAGUUCUUCCUGGUCUCCCACUGCUUCUCCAUGGAUUUAUAUUGUUCCUUGGGGACUAAGGAGGUUAUUAAACUUUGUGGCUGCAGAGUACACUGGGACUUCAGUUUAUAUAGCAGGGAAUGGCAUGCCAACAGAAUAUGAUGGUGAUGUCUACAAUGAUACUACACGGAUCAGCUAUUUUAAUGCCUAUAUUAAUGAAGCACUGAAAGCAAUUAAAGAAGACAGUGUCAACAUAAAGUCCUAUAUAGCUUGGUCACUUAUGGACUGUUUUGAAGGCCAACAUGGUUACACCCAAAGAUUCGGAAUGCACUAUGUUAACUUUGAAGAUAGCAAUAGACCAAGGACACCAAAACAGUCAGCAUAUUUCUAUUCUAAGAUUAUUAAAAACAAUGGCUUCAUUCAGAUCACCAAAAAUAGAUUAACUUUACCAAAGCCACAUACAUUAAGUCAACAAAAACUGCCCAAUCUGCCAGCAUCUGAUGUUCCUUCUAAAGCAAAGACUGUAUGGGAGAAAUUUUCUUUUCAGACUGAUUCUGAACGAGAUGAGUACCUUUAUGAUACAUUCCAGGAGGAUUUUGUGUGGGGAGUGUCCACUUCAGCUUAUCAGAUUGAAGGAGGUUGGGAUGCAGAUGGUAAAGGGAAGAGUACAUGGGAUACCUUUACUCAUGUACCUGAUAAUAUCAAGAACAAUGACACGGGAGACAUUGCCUGUGACAGCUAUAACAGAAUAGAUGAAGACCUUUACAUGCUUAGAGCUUUGGGGGUAAAAAGUUAUCGCUUCUCAUUGUCUUGGUCUAGAAUUUUCCCUAAUGGGACAAUCACAUCACUAAAUUCCAAAGGGGUUGAUUAUUACAAUAAACUAAUUGAUGGCUUAAUUGCAAACAACAUUGCUCCACACGUGACUCUCUACCAUUUUGACCUGCCUGAAGAUCUGCAAAGUAUUGGUGGCUGGCAGAGUGACAAGUUGAUUAAACUGUUUGCUGAAUAUGCCGAUUUCUGUUUUCAAACAUUUGGGGACAGGGUGAAAUUUUGGAUGACUAUCAAUGAGCCAUUUGCAAUUGCAUGGGCAGAAUAUGGCUUAGGAUUGCAUCCACCAAACAUAAAAGAGCCAGGAAAAGCCCCAUACAUAGCAGCACAUACACUAAUAAAAGCUCAUGCUGAGGCCUAUCACAUUUAUGACAAAAAAUACAGGAGCAGCCAGGGAGGGGUUGUAUCUUUAAGCCUCAAUACUGAAUGGGCUGAGCCAAAAACUCCAUCUAACCCUAAUGAUGUAGCAGCAGCCGAUCGUUACCUUCAGUUUACGCUAGGGUGGUUUGCCCAUCCUAUUUUUAAAAAUGGAGACUAUCCAGAUGCUAUGAAAUGGCAGGUGGGAAAUAAAAGUGAACUUCAAGGUCUGUCUCAGUCAAGGCUUCCUAGUUUCACAGAGGAAGAAAAACUUCACAUUAGAGGCACUGCUGAUGUAUUCUGUUUUAACACCUAUUCAACAAAACUUGUGAAUUAUGCAAUCACCAGGUUAAACCCAGCCUCUUAUGAAUAUGACCGUGAUCUACUUGAAAGUCAGGACCAACUGUGGCCAAGUUCUGCCAUGGAAGGCAUGCGUCCAGUAGCCUGGGGCUUAAGGAGGCUGCUAAACUGGAUAAAAGUAGAAUAUGGCAAUCCGCCCAUCUAUAUCAAUGAAAAUGGUGUGCCGACUGAUUAUUCAUAUGAAAUGGAUGAUUAUUCAAGGUUUUUAUUUUACAAAACCCAUAUUGAUGAAGCUUUGAAAGCUGUCAAACUGGAUGGUGUUAUGCUGAAAGGCUACACACCCUGGUCACUGAUGGACUCCUUUGAAUGGACAUUAGGUUACAGUGUAACACUGGGACUUCAUCAUGUAGAUUUUAAAAAUCCCAACAGACCAAGGACUCCAAAACGUUCUGCACAUUAUUAUGCAGAAAUCAUCCAAACCAAUGGCUUCCCAUUACCAAAAGAAAAUGAGUUUAUCUACGGAGAGUUCCAGAAGGACUUCAUCUGGAGUGCAGCAACAGCAGCCUAUCAGAUUGAGGGUGCCUGGAGAGCUGAUGGAAAAGGACUUAGCAUCUGGGAUAAAUUUUCCCAUACUCCUUUGAAAAUUGGUAACCAUGACACUGGGGAUGUUACUUGUGACAGCUACCAUAAAAUUGAAGAUGAUGUAGCCAUUCUGAAAGGCUUGUCAGUCAGCCACUACCGUUUCUCUAUCUCGUGGCCACGGGUUCUACCUGAUGGGACCACUCGUUAUGUCAAUGAAGCUGGAUUGGAUUAUUAUGUCAGACUGAUUGAUGCCCUUCUUGCUGCCAACAUUAAGCCUCAGGUUACUUUGUACCACUGGGACUUACCUCAGGCACUGCAGGAUGUUGGAGGCUGGGAAAAUGAGACCAUAGUUGAGAGAUUUAAAGAAUAUGCUAAUUUGAUGUUUACUAGACUGGGUGACAAGGUGAAAUUCUGGAUAACUAUUAAUGAACCAUAUAAUGUGGCCAAUAUUGGUCAUGGCUAUGGAACAGGCGCACCAGGAAUUUCCUCAAAACCAGGAACAUUACCAUACAUUGUUGCACAUCAUCUUAUAAAGGCACAUGCUGAAGUAUGGCAUCUGUAUAACAGCACAUACCGAAAAACCCAACAUGGUCUUAUAUCCAUCACAAUAAAUUCUGAGUGGGCCGAACCAAGAAACCCUUCCAAACAGGAAGACAUUAAUGCUGCUCACAGAUUUCUUCAGUUUUACUGUGGCUGGUUUGCACAUCCCAUUUUCAGAAAUGGAGAUUAUAAUGAAGUCAUGAAGAAAAGAGUUAAAGAAAGAAGUCUGGCUCAAGGGCUGUCUAAAUCUCGGCUUCCCGAAUUUACUGAAAGUGAAAAAGAGCGAAUAAAAGGUACUUACGAUUAUUUUGGAUUCAACUACUAUACUACAGCCAUGGUAUUUAAUCUUGACUACAGGCCAGUUGUCCAGUCCUAUGAUGCUGACAGGGGGAUUGGUUCUGUGUCUGACAGGACAUGGCUAAACUCUGGUUCUCCUUGGCUCAAGAUUACACCUUUUGGACUCAGAAGAAUUUUAAAAUGGAUUAAAGAAGAAUAUAACAAUCCUCCCAUUUACAUCACAGAGAAUGGAGUCUCAGAGCGGGGAGAGUCAAGUCUUAAUGACACUUGGAGAAUAUCUUUUUAUAACAGCUAUGUCAAUGAAGUCCUGAAAGCUUACAAACUGGAUGGUGUUGAUGUACGGGGUUACACAGCAUGGACUCUGAUGGACAAUUUUGAGUGGGCAGCAGGCUUUGCAGAACGGUUUGGUCUCUAUUAUGUUAAUUUCUCAGAUCCAUCUAGAACCAGAAUCCCUAAAGAAUCAGCAAAGUUUUAUUCAAGACUGGCGCGAUGCAAUGGCUUCCCUGAUCCUGCCUCUGGGCCACACCCAUGUUUAGAACCCGAGCCUGAAGUUACAUCUGCUCCGACCAGUGUUAAGCCAACUGAUGGCAAACCCAAAGAAGAGGACAAAGCCCACUUUUUAGGUUUACUGUUAUCCAGUAAGAAUUCUGAAGUUGCCCUAUACACACUGUUUUCUCUGUCACUGGUUGCCUUUCUGGGCCUUAUUUUUGCCUCAUGGAGGAUUGUGAAAGCAAAGAAGAAGGCACACGUCCACUCCUACGAAUCUGACAUUUUGAGUCACUUUCUGCUGCCCAGCUUCAAGUAUAAGGUGAGCAGUGGUUAUAAGCAAAUCUUAAAGUCUGCAGAUAAUUAUUUCAGAACUGCUAUGCCAGAACAGAAAGCAUUGGUACAUGAGGUAUCAGAGGAUGCAAGAACCAAAUCUAACAACUAUGUUCUUUAUACAGAUACUGAUAGCGAUGGCUUCAGUGGCACUGAUUCAUUGUUGGAUACAGAACUGCAGACUCACAGUAGACCUGACUGCAGUGAUGAGGAGUACAAUGCAGAUGAUGACCUUCCUUUUUGGACAGGUAAGCCAAAUUAUGGCAUAAACAUUUGGAUCUUAGCAGUUGUUCACAAUGGGUACAUCUGUGACUUUAAAGGCUGCAAUGGCAAGUCGAAGGAAAAAAUGGAAAUUGGUCUGGUAUGGUACAUUUUGACUGACCCAGCCAGGAACUUAACAGGAAACAAUUGUGAUAUUUACUUUGAAAACGUAUUCAGGUUUGCCCCCCAGAGCAUCACCUGUUGCAUCAGAGCCUCUAAUUCUCUAGAACCUUAUGUGCUGAUAGGUCUGGAGGCGUCAGAUACUCAUCAAGUUCAUUAUGCAUAA